AAUCGGUAUUUGCUACAAAAACCACGAUUCUUCAACUUUGCAACAUUGUGAAACUUGAGAAGUACCGAAAUACAAAGUUUGGAUGCACUCUGGGGCCUGGGAGAAGCCUCCUCCGACAGAUUGUUUUACAAUAUCGCCACACUAUGAACAAAGGUGCGGUCGUACCGGCAAGUUCUGGAUGUAGGAAGUUCGACAGAGUUAUGAUGGAAGACAACAGCUUGACGGAUCUGUAUGGCAACUUCAACGUGCGGCGACAAUAUGGAGGAGAGCUCUGAGGAGAAAAGCAGUAGUCAGAGUUUCGUCUACAAAACAAUAUGACAUCUGGAAUAGCGCCACUGGUCAAUUCAUUGAUGAAUAGUGGAAGUGUAAAUGAUGCGAUGAAUCCAGUGACAGAAAAAAUGAUGGAAAGCACCAAGAUUGUUAAAAAGUAUUAUGAUGAUCAUUCGUACACAGAUCAUCACGGGUCAUAUGGACACCACCACCAUUCGUAUGGUAGAGGCAAAGGGUCGAAGAAAUCCAACAGAAGCAUCGCCCUAUCAGCCUUAACUCUACUAGCCUUCCUAUUCUUCCUCCACAUUCUGCAGCAAUGUCUGCAAGAACAAAUGGACAACAUGACUCCGCAGAUGGUUGUGAUGCAAGCCACCAUAAACGCUGCAAGGGAGGCUGAGGCUAAGUUGAAGGAGGCUCAAAAGAGGGUCGGAGAGAGUAACGGAGAGGAGAAGAAAGAUCCAGGGGUAGUUGAGGAAAGCACUGUAGAUCAGAAGGGGGUGGAGGGUUUGUAUAUUUAUGAUAGAGUACCGACGAAGAUGAACACAAAAGGAGGAUUCGGUAAUGUUUAAGUUUUUUAGCUUUGUAGUAUGAAGUGUAAUAGAGAUGGUUGUGUUAGUUUAAUCAAAUAAAAAACCUAAGUUUUGUUUAAGAUUUAUUUAGCAUAAUUGCUACAAUUACAUCCUUUUAAAAAAACAACAACAACUACAUAACAUACAGAUAUUUAGAAAGACAAAAUUUGCAUCUCUAAGUAUUCACUGCCCAUGAAAUAUUCCCUUAAUCUUCUUUUAAA